UGGCACUCGUGUAGUUGACGACGCAGGGCGAAACGUUUCUUUGUCGUCUUGUUAUUUCUUGGCUGCAUCAUUUCACGACGAGUAUUCAGGAAAGUAGGUCUAGUGAAUUGUUGAAUAAAUAAAUCCUAAGGACUUUGGGUGUGCCUUCAUUUUUGCUGAUUGACGAUGCAAGCUUUUAAUUGGAUUGAUUCUGGAAGCCUUAGUGCCAAAGUUGCGUUCGACUGGAACGUCCAAGCCAAGUUUCUUGAAACUGUAGAUGGGAAAGUCCCAGAUUUGUCAUCUGCAUUCUUUGCCUCGAAAGAAAUACCAAACCAUCAGUGGAAAUUGCAACUCUCUGACUUGGGGGCAAAACUUAGAAUCAGCCUGUUGCAUUACGUCAACACCAAAGGCAUUUUGGCAAAUAACGUCGACCCAUUCCAAGUCAAAAUCGCCAUCGUCGACAAAAAUGGAGUGAAGCAUCACCAAUAUGUCGUCUACUUGCACAUCCAUACUUUCGUCUACUUUGAUUUAUCUAAGGAAGAAAUUCUAACAUCAAAUUAUAGGCAAUUAGAUGGCAGUCUCACCAUCAGUUGUGUGAAUGAAUGCGUGGUCUGGCAGCCUUCGUCUGGCAUACCCCAACCUAUGGGAAUCAAUUACACCCAUCAACUGAGACUGACGACCCAUAUCGAAGAAUUGUUUGAUGACAUUUCGUUCAGUGAUGUCAUAUUCAAAGUCGGCGGCAGCGAAUUUCCCGCACACAAAAUCAUAUUAGCCGCCAGAAGCGAAGUCUUUUAUGCCAUGUUCCAGCACCCUACCAAGGAGAAAUCGACCAAUCACGUCGAAAUAGAAGACAUCGAGCCGGAAAUAUUCAAGGAGCUGCUACGAUUUAUCUACACGGGACGUUUGACUGCUGCGACCAUGGAAAAGAUGGCCGUCAAACUGUUGGUGGUUGCAGAUAAAUACUUGUUGACGGAACUGAAAGCUGCUUGUGAAAGGCAUUUAAUCACAUUGAUGUCUAUAGAAAAUUGUUUAGAAUUGCUUACGCUAGAAGAAAAUGAUCACCACCCAGCGUAUGAAUUGCGGGAGGAGGCAAUUAACCUCUUCCGGCUCCACCCCGCCGAAGUCAUAUCGACCGAUGGAUGGAAAAAGGCCAAGAAAGAGAAUCUAGCUUUGCUUUUUGAUGUUCAAGAAGUUGCUUUUUCCUUGCAAGGAUGUCAGCUUGCUGACAACGAGUUCCGCGCAGCGAAAUAAAAAUGUUUCCACCGGCAAAAGAACAACUAAGAAGAACAACUAAGAAUUAAAAGUUAAUUUCAUUUAAGUUCCAAUUAAGAUAAGUUCUAUCGGUACAAAAUGUUAAUUCCUUGUGUGACUGUUUACGCUGUUGUGUGCCAACAAAGAAAAUACAUGGACAAAGAUUUGAA